AUGGUUCUCAACAACGACGGUGGUAAGAAGAAGCCUUUGAAGAAGGCCAAGGCACAAAAAGCUGACGAAGAUGAUGACCAAAUUGCCUACAAGCAAAAGAUGAAGGCGGAUCAGGCAGCGAUGAAGAAGGCUGCUGCUGGCAUGAAGAAGAAAUAG